GGAUACGUGAGAUAUAUAUUUGCAUUAAUGAUCUGCAUCGCGAACAUGAUCAUCUACGGGCUGAAAGUUAACAUAACCGUAGCUAUCGUAGGCAUGAUUAAAUAUAAAGAUGAGAAAAACGACGCGUCGGAGGAAUGUGAUUUUGAACCUAUAGCCCAAAUUAUCGAUAUAGAGGGUCCGUUCAAAUGGACUUCGACGCAACAAAGUUUUGUUAUUAGUUCUUAUUUCAUCGGUUAUUUAGUAGGCAUGUUUCCAUGCGGAUAUUUCGCAGAUCGUUUCAACACGAAGACCGUUCUGCUGAUCUGCGUAUUGGGAAACGCGAUUCUUACGAUUAUAGUGCCAUUAGUGGCGCCGGUGUUGUGGAUACUUUACCUUACGAGAUUCGUGAUGGGUGUCGUGAGCGCACCGAAUCUUCCUAUCGUUUCUAUCCUUGUUGGGAAAUGGAUCGUUUACGAGGAGAAGAGUUUAUGGUUCGGUAUUAUUUAUUCCGGCAUAUCGAUUGGCACGGUGAUCUCUAUCCUGACGUCCGGAAUGAUACUGCACGCCCUCGGAUGGAAGGAGAUCUUUUACAUACACGGUUUCCUUCCGUUAAUCUGGUGCUUUGUAUUCUACAUGUUCUUCAGCGAUAAUCCGGAAACUCAAGUGUACAUAACAAAGGAGGAGAGAGAGUACAUCACAAGCUCGUACGGGCAUCGUGGCCUUGAAUCGAUAGACAUGAAGGUACCGUGGAAAGCCAUUUUCACGUCGGUCCCAUUUGUGGCCCUGAUUUUCACCAAUUUAUUCGGAAAUUUUGUCUGGUACUUCUUGCUCACGCAGCUACCCUUGUACAUGAACAAGAUUCUGAGAUUCGACAUUCAGUCUGUGAGUCUAUCAUUCAAUUUUCUUAGAAUUUCUUCUCCUUUUACGCCAUCCCAUAAGAACUUUUUCAUUCUUUCUAAGUUGCUUGCCGUAUCUCUUAAGCGCAAUAGUGAAUCCGAUUUUGGGAGAAAUACUGGAUUGGGGCAGACUGAGGAAUUAUUGGGAUCAGACAAUGGCGCGAAAGAUCGUAAUGUUUUUAAGAAGCAUCUCACCGAGUAUUUGUCUCCUAUAGUUGCAAUUUUAGCUAAUACUGUUUGUGUAUCAGGAUAUCUGCACCGAUUUGGCACCAAAACUACAGGAGAGUUUUAA